GGCCCCCAACCUGACGGUGAAGGAUGGGGCAGGGACACCGGGUGGGCACCUGGCUUCCCAGCGCCAAGCCAGGGUUUACGUGAGGCUCCAGCCCGUUCUGCUUGGCCCGCCAGGCCCCUUCCUCCGCUGCCAGGGUGGGCUGAAAGUGGGGUAGGGACUGGACAGCUAUUGCUGCUGGCGGUUGGGAGUGGCCGGCUAAGGUCCCUAAAGCGCUGGGGCAGAAUGGCGGGAGGGAGUGAGGACAUGACCAGGCUAAAAGGUCUUUGGCCGGGGAAGACACCCCAUUGUAGGCAAGAAGAUAGUGGGUUACAACUACGAGUCAAGGCGACCUUACAUGUCCCAGCCUCCCCCGCUUCUGUGGGAAAAUGUUCUGGGUAGGUCCCCAGGGUCUGGGAGAGCCUGAGGCUGGGCCAGAGUGAGUGGACCAGGCCCUGCCCCCAUCCAACUUCUCUUCUUCCCAUCCUUCUCCCCUCUCCCCUCCCACCUCUGGCUCUUUUUCUUCUUCUGCUUCUGCCCACAGGGGUGGGGUGGAGUGGCACGGGGCUUUCCGCCUCCUGGCUAGGGCUUGCCCCUUGCCACGUGAUGGGAGCUGUGGUUCCAGUUUUCCUGUGAGGGUGAAAGUGGGCUGUCAGCUGAGCCCAGUUCAGGGCCCAAGGGUGAGCUGCCUGGCAGAGAGAGCUUGGGGCUCCCUCCCCACUCCCAAGACCCUGGAGACCCUGAGGCAUAGAGAAGUGGCAUUUUAUGCCUUCAGAGAGGAGUCAGACUGAAAAUGUAGAGCUGGCCUUGAAGAAUUUUGAGAAGAUCAUGGUAGACCAACACGGUUUCAGACCAGGUUCUGCUAACAGCGGGGUGACCUUGGGAAAACCACUUAACUUUCUGAGCCUUAGUUGUCCUGGCAGCACAACGAGGGGUUGCACUAGAUCAACGAUUUUCCAGCGGGUUUCCCCCUGAGCUCUCCAUUUGUGCAGAGAGAGGCCGAGGGACUGGCCCUACCCCAGCAAGUGUACUUUUAUCUGUUAGGUUGGAGCUGGACGGAGCAGCCUCCUCCCCUUAGGAUGACUUCGCCCUCCAGCCCUCCUGUUUUCAGGCUGGAGACAUCAGAUGGAGGCCAGGAAGAUGGUACUGAGGGGGACAGAAGAAAUCUAGGCCAUGGUGAUGGGCCUCCCCCCAUGGAGUCAGCGUUCCAAGGGGAGGACCGGAACUUUGCCCCUCAAAUCAAAGUGAACCUCAUCUACCGAAAGGGAUCAGGUGCCUGCAGCCAGCCAGACCGAGACCGCUUUGAUCGUGACCGGCUCUUCAAUGUGGUCUCCCGGGGAGCCAUGGAGGAGCUGGCUGGGUUGCCAGAGUACUUGAGCUGGACCAGCAAAUACCUGACCGACUCGGAAUACACAGAGGGCUCCACAGGGAAGACAUGCCUGAUGAAGGCCAUGCUGAACCUCCAGGAGGGCACCAAUGCCUGCAUCCUGCCGUUGCUGCAGAUUGACCGGGACUCUGGCAAUCCCCGGCCCCUGGUCAAUGCCCAGUGCACGGAUGAGUACUACCGAGGCCACAGUGCCCUGCACAUCGCCAUUGAGAAGAGGAGCCUGCCGUGCGUGAAGCUCCUGGUGGAGAAUGGGGCAGACGUGCACGCCCGGGCCUGCGGCCACUUCUUCCAGAAGCAGAGCCAAGGGGCCUGCUUCUACUUUGGUGAGCUGCCCCUCUCUCUGGCUGCGUGCACCAAACAAUGGGAUGUGGUGACCUACCUCCUGGAGAACCCGCACCAGCCGGCCAGCCUGCAGGCCGCUGACUCCCUGGGCAACACAGUGCUGCACGCCCUGGUGAUGAUUGCUGACAACUCGGCCGAGAACAGCGCGCUGGUAAUCCGAAUGUAUGAUGCACUCCUGCGGGCUGGAGCCCGCCUCUGCCCCUCUGUGAACCUUGAGGACAUCCCUAACCUGCAGGGCCUCACACCCCUGAAGCUGGCGGCCAAGGAGGGCAAGAUAGAGAUUUUCAGACAUAUCCUGCAGCGGGAGUUCGAGGGCCAGUGCCAGCCCCUUUCCCGAAAGUUCACUGAGUGGAGCUACGGGCCUGUCCGGGUGUCGCUGUAUGACCUGGCUUCUGUGGACAGCUGGGAGGAGAACUCGGUGCUGGAGAUCAUCGCCUUUCACUGCAGAAGCCCGCACCGACACCGAAUGGUCGUUUUGGAGCCACUGAACAAACUGCUGCAGAGGAAAUGGGAGCUGCUCGCCCCCAAGUUCUACUUCAACUUCCUGUGUUACCUGGUCUACAUGAUCAUCUUCACCACUGUUGCCUACCACCAACCUGCCCUGGAAAAGCAGGCUUUCCCCCCACUGAAAGCCACGGCUGGAAACUCUGUGCUGCUCCUGGGUCACGUCCUGAUCCUGCUCGGGGGGCUGUACCUCCUCUUGGGCCAGCUGUGGUACUUCUGGCGGCGCCGGCUGUUCAUCUGGCUCUCGUUCAUGGACAGCUACUUCGAGAUCCUCUACCUGUUCCAGGCCCUGCUCACAGUGCUGUCCCAGGUACUGUGUCUCCUGGCCAUCGAGUGGUACCUCCCCCUGCUUGUGUCCUCACUGGUGCUGGGCUGGCUGAACCUGCUGUAUUAUACACGUGGCUUCCAGCACACAGGCAUGUACAGCGUCAUGAUCCAGAAGGUCAUCCUGAGGGACCUGCUCCGCUUUCUUCUGGUGUACUUUGUCUUCCUUUUUGGCUUCGCUGUAGCCCUGGUGAGCCUGAGCAGGGAGACCCAGGGCCCCAAGGCCCACACAGGCCUCAAUGCCACGGAGGCGGCACAUGACGGGGCGGCCCCGUAUGGGGGCAUCCUGGAUGCCUCCUUGGAGCUCUUCAAAUUCACCAUCGGCAUGGGCGAGCUGGCCUUCCAGGAGCAGCUGCGCUUCCGUGGGGUGGUGCUGCUGCUGCUGCUGGCGUACGUGCUGCUGACCUACAUCCUGCUGCUCAACAUGCUCAUUGCCCUCAUGAGUGAGACCGUCAACAGCGUUGCCACCGACAGCUGGAGCAUCUGGAAGCUGCAGAAAGCCAUCUCCGUCCUAGAGAUGGAGGGUGGUUACUGGUGGUGCCGGCCGAAGAAGCAGAGGGUGGGGGUGAUGCUGACAGUGGGCACCAGGCCAGAUGGUAGCCCUGAUGAGCGCUGGUGCUUCAGGGUGGAGGAGGUGAACUGGGCGACGUGGGAGCAGACGCUGCCCACUGUGCUUGAGGAGCCAGCGGGGGCCCCAGUCCCUGGCACCACGAAGACCCCUACUCUGGCCUCCCAACAUGAGGAGGGCCGUGCCUCAGAGGAAGACCAUCUGCUUCUCCAGCCACUGGGGCCGCACUGAUGGUCCAGACACAGAAGGACAGCAGGACAGCGCAGGGGUCUCCUCAGCCACACUUGCUGGCUCUGGUGCCCCUGUCCAUUUUGGAGGGAAAUACAUUUUUUCAUGACUGACUCUUCUGGAAACAUUAUUUCAGCAAAGUUGCUGAGCCCCUGACUGGUGAUAUUUGUGUGUCUCAUUGUGCACAUGGCUGUGUCUGGGGCUGGGCUGUUCCUACCUCACCUCCCAGGAGACCCUACCUGCCACCCCCAGCCCCCGAGCUGUUCUCUUCCUGGGUGCAGGCAGCUGGCCAAGGUGCUGCACCCGCCGUGGCAGACACAUGGGGUGAACAUGGAGAGUACAGUCACAUCCCCUCCCUCUCCCACAGCUACAGCUACCAGGCACCCCUUAAAGCCGUCUCCAACAUGCCUCUUAAACCUCCAGUCUCCUUUGUGCCUCUCUGCUGAGUUCAGGCCUGGAUUAUCACUUUCUCUUCUCACCUGGGUUCCUGCUCAGUUUCCACCCCUGUGAGCCAUUCUUUGCAGGGCAGCCAGAGGGAUCUUUUAAGAUACAAGAGAAACAUGUUCCCCUGUGCUCUGAAGGUCUGAGAGGCUCUUCCAUACCCAAAGAAUGCCCUGGCCAGCAGCCCCGGCCCUUCAUGGUUUUAUGUAGCAUUUUCAGACACAUUUCCCCCCAUCCUUUGGCCCCUCAAGCCCUCCUUUAAGUAUUUUUGCCAAAUGGUUCUCAUGAGGGUUGAUGGGCGUUUGUUUGACCCCCUACUUUGCUCUGUCUGAAAGCCUCUGUUAUGGAUUGAAUUGUGCCUCCAAAUAAACCAGACCAAACCCAUUGCAGUUGAGUUGAUUCUGACUCAUAAUGACCCUACAGGACAGAGUAGAAUUAAUUCAUUAUAGUUUCUGAGGCUGUAAUCUUUUAAGGAAGCAGAUCGCCACACCUUUCUCCCUCAGAGCUGCUGGUGGGUUCAAAUAGCUGUAUUUUUGGUUAGCAGCCAAUUGCUUAAUCAGUGUGCCACCAGGGAUCCUUCCCUCAAAAAUAUGUAUCGUAAAUCCUAAUCCCUGUAUCUGUGGUUUAUAAUCCCAUUUGAGAUUGGGAAUGGGUUGUCUUUGUUAUGUUAAUUAGACAGAAUUAGUAUAGGGUGUGUUUUGAGUCAAUCUCUUUCGAGAUAUAAAAGAAAUUAAAAAAGCAUGCUGGAGGGGAGGGGUGGAGAUGCCAAGCCACAUUAAACUGGCCAGGAGCAGAACCUCAAAAGAGACAAGGACCUUCCUCCAGAGCCCACAGAGAAAGCCUUCCUUUAGGGCCAGCACCCUAAUCUGUGGGAAAAUAAAUUUCUGUUAGUUAAGCCACCCAUUUGUGGUCCUUCUGUUAUAGAAAAAGUUAUAGUUACGUAACUAAGACAGUUAGAUAGAUAACUAAGACAGCCCCCCUUCCCUCCAUUAAAAUCCUACACUGAUUCUGGAAGCCAGCUCAAAAGCUGCUGUUUUUUCAUUCAAAAUUAAUUGCUCUCUCUUGGCGUAACGUGUGUAUAAAAUAUGAACACACGUAGUUAAUAUUUUUUAAGUAAGAGACACCCGAGCACGUUUAUAUGGUGAAAGGAAAGCACAGCACAGUUUCCAAUGCAGGCGAGCUGGGUGGAUGGGUCUCUCUGAGGAGGCGGGAGAGGAGAGGAGACAGGGACAGUGGAUGCAGAUAAACACGGGGCCGCACUGGGUGUCCUCUAGCUCUUUCUAAAGAAGGGCGUUGAAGGUUGUCAGUGCGCAGAGCGUUGAGAGGUUCGUGGAUAGUUCCAAGCAGUUGUGGGGGUGAGCGAACUGCGAACGCUUGUUAUGAGUGUUGGUCGUUGGGAGUCCUUCCUGUUUAUUGCGUGCCAAGCUCUGCACUUUCAAGUGAUCCUCAUUAAGAACCUUCUGUGGUGCCGGCACUGGUUUUUGGUUUAUGGUGCCGAUAUCUGCAUUUUCCAGACGAGCAAACUGAGGCGCAAAAAGGAUAAGUACUUUGCUCGAGGCCACACAGACAGGUGGUAGCAGAAGCCGGAACUUCCCACGAAAGCUCUGCGCGCCCAGAAAGCCCCGCGCUCGACCACGUGCGCAGGCGCCCUGCACCCAGCCCGCUGAAGCUGACCCAGAAUUCCCGGCGCCGUGGACGAGACCACAGGCCGCCUCGGCGGGGGGUUCCGGGGCGUUAGCCGGACCGGAAGCUCCCGGGAGCCUUUGCCUCCGUCACCCUCAGUUCUGUGCGAAGUGGAACAUUCCGAACCCUUAAGAGCCUUAGUCACCGCGAGCGCGGCCUUUUCGCGGUCGCCAUGGAGGCGUGUGCGGGUGCAGCCUGGAGCUGGCAGCUGGCAGCCAGGGCCGACAAGGAGCGAGGGUUCUCUAGCCCCCGGGAUGGUGUCUUCGGGACGCUUACCUGCAGGAGGGACCCCCGUUCUCUCGGGGGCCUCGGCGCGGCGCGCGGCCCUGUGCACCGAGUCGCGCCGUGGCCGGUCGCCGGCGUGGGCCGAGGCUGACGGGCGGCGUGUCUGGCAGGGCCGGGGCCGCCGCAGCCUGAGGCCGGGGAAGCCGGGCCGCCCAGCCCCGAGGCCGCCGAUCCCCGGGGCCGCCCAGCCCCGAGGCCGCCGUGGAGACCGCGCUAAGCCGCGGGAGCUGGGUUGCAGUGGCACCGCGGAGCGUCGAGCACAGGAGCAGCGUCCCUCCGUGAGGUUAAAAGUUUGACCUGAGUGUCGGCGUUAGGAGCAUUGGCCUACUGUGAGGGUUGACAACUGAGUGCUAGAGAAUGGGACCUGAAGUGCGAGAGUUUUAGAGCAACCUGGGAGGCUGUGUUCCCAGAGGAUGACCAGCUGCAGCAGGGGCAAAAUUGCAGUCCAGGAACCUGGGGCCACCACGAACUUGGACUCAAAAAGCCUCUGCAUUUGAUCUGACAACUUGUUGGAAACACGCUCAACUGGUUGAGUAUCAGCUGAGAAAUGUAUCUGGCAACUUUUUUCCUAGGACAGGCGCAUUUAUGAGCCAAGCUGCCCCGGAAGAUCUUUACAUUUUAAUAUGUAACUUUGGCAGGCCUGAGUUCUUAAAGCUAAAAGCUAUAAAUCACAAUCUGCCCUAAAGUGUCCCCAGGCAAUUAUAAAGUAAGGGUUGUAAUAAAGGAUUGUCUUUGGUCUUGG